GCGCCUCAGAUCUCCCAUCACAACCAAAAUGGCGACGAGAGGAGGGGGCUCCGUGUUGGGGAACUGGAGCUAAUGCACCGAGUGAUGCUGGUCUCUCUUCUCGGUCCAGGCUUGCACACUCCGAGAAGGAACACACCCCAGGCUCUCGGUAUUGUAAGUGGGCGGCGCUUCUGAAAAGGCUCGCCGGCGUUGUCACGACAUAACCUGCUGUGAUGGAAGAUGAUGGAAGACAAAGGCUUUCGUGUUGCCGAUUACUUUGUGGUGGCGGGUUUGACUGAUUCAUCCAUACCACUCGAGGAGGAAAUCCACUUCAAUGACAUCUGCCACAAGAUCGCCAAACCCAAAGCCCCGAUCACAGACGUGGCCGUCAUCAUUAAAUCGCUAGGAGAGGAGGUGCCACAAGGCUACACGUGUGUGGACACGACCCCAACAGGACUGUCAGCAGAGCUCAACAAUGGCAGCCUCAUGGGACCCCAGAUCUUCCUGUGCUACAAGAGAGGCAGGGAUAAACCACCUCUCACUGAUCUUGGGGUUUUGUACGAAUGGAAGGAAAGACUCAAGCAGGGCUGUCAUAUUAUUCAAACCACUCCUUCUGGCCGCCCUGCUAAUAUCAGCAGCCCCUCCUCACAGAGGAUAUAUGUUACUUACCGGCGGGCCCCAGACAGCAUGUCUCAGACUUCCCUGGCCGUGACAGACAUAUGUAUAAUCAUUCCAAGUAAAGGAGAGACCCCACCACACACCUUCUGCAAGGUGGACAAAAAUCUCAAUAGUAGCAUGUGGGGCUCGUCUGUGUACCUUUGUUACAAGAAGUCCGUGGCAAAGACCAAUACCAUAGCAUAUAAAGCUGGUUUAAUUUGCAGGUAUCCAGAAGAAGACUAUGAAUCAUUCCCUUUACCUGAAUCGGUGCCUCUUUUCUGCCUGCCCAUGGGUGCAACGAUCGAAUGCUGGCCUGCCCAAACCAAAUACCCGCUCCCCGUUUUCUCUACAUUCGUAUUGACAGGGUCUUCUGGAGAAAAGGUGUACGGCGCUGCAAUCCAUUUCUACGAGCCCCACGCGCAGGAGAACCUCAGUGACAAACAACGCUCCCAACUGGGGCUGAUCAGUGCCACCGAUCGCAAACCCAUUGUCUCCAAAACCAUUCACACCAAUAAGUGCAUAUGUCUGCUCUCCCACUGGCCUUUCUUUGAUGCCUUUAGGAAGUUUCUGACAUUCCUGUACCGAUACUCGAUCUCCGGCCCUCAUGUACUACCCAUUGAGAGACAUGUAUCCCAUUUCAUGCACAAAGUUCCUUUUCCAUCGCCUCAAAGGCCGAGAAUCUUGGUGCAGCUGUCGCCACAUGAUAACUUGAUACUGAGCCAGCCUGUGUCAUCGCCAUUGCCACUUAGUGGUGGCAGGUUUACUACCCUGCUACAGAAUCUUGGUCCUGAGAAUGCGAUCACGCUGCUGGUGUUUGCAGUCACAGAACACAAGAUCCUGAUCCACUCGCUCAGGCCAGCCGUGGUCACAAGCGUGACGGAGGCCUUGGUCUCUAUGAUUUUCCCUUUCCACUGGCCCUGCCCGUAUAUUCCUCUUUGUCCUUUGGCAUUAGCAGAUGUGCUGAGUGCCCCUUGCCCAUUCAUAGUGGGGGUCGAUUCGAGAUACUUUGACCUGUAUGAUCCGCCGCCAGACGUCAGCUGUGUUGAUCUGGACACUAACACGAUAUCACAUCCUGAAGAUAAGAGAGCUUUGACGUGGAAGAUUCUGCCAAAGAAGGCUUGCAAAAAUCUGAUGAAUUUGUUGAAUAACAUUUACCAGGAACUAGCAGAGUCACAACAGAGACCAAGAGAAGAUGGGUUGAUGGAGUUAACCAUGAGUGACUAUGAUUUUAACUCUGGGAAGAGUCUGCAAACCCUGGAAAUGGAGAUUCAGGAGGCAUUCUUGCGCUUCAUGGCGUUGAUACUGAAGGGAUACCGGUCAUACCUUCGUCCCAUUACCCAGGCCCCCUCUGAGAAGGCAACUGAUGCGAGCUCUCUGUUCGACUUGCAAGGCUUCCUGAAGAGUCGGGAUCGCUCUCACCAGAAGUUUUACUCUCUGAUGACCAAGACACAGAUGUUUAUUCGGUUUAUUGAAGAGUGUUCCUUCGUCAGCGACAAGGAUGCAAGUCUGGCAUUUUUCGAUGAUUGUGUAGAUAAACUGUUCAGCACAGAGCACAGUACUGAUAAAGGAAUAAAGAAUUACUACCAACACUGUAGAUCACAUUCAUCAAACAUGGGGCUUCGAAGGGUAACUACAGUGGACCUGGACAAGCUGGAGGAGAUGCGUCUGAUUGAGCUGGAUGAGUCCCAGCGCAGUGAGCACACCGUGUUCAUCACCCCCCCUGAGCUGCCUGCGCUGCCUGACGGAGAGGAGCACCCUCUGCAGUACAGCUACAAUGGCUUUCCAGUGCUGAUCCUGGAGCUGUUUGAUCGUCCGGAUGGUUUGCUGAAGACCCCGGCUACCAGACUGACCUCGAAGCAGAGCUCUCCCACUAGCCCUGCACCCAUGUUCAGGAGGACUAAACAGGAAAUCAAGUCAGCCCACAAAAUUGCAAAAAAGUACUCCUCCAUACCACAGAUGUGGUCCAAGUGUCUCUUGCGGCAUUGCUAUGGCUUGUGGUUCAUCUGUCUGCCUGCGUACGUCAAAGUGUGUCAUUCGAAGAUCAGGGCUCUGAGAACGGCAUACGAUGUGUUGAGAAAAAUGCAAGUCAAGAAACUUGAGCCUCCUGACGAGGUGUGUUACCGUGUUCUGAUGCAGUUGUGUGGACAGUAUGGUCAGCCAGUUUUAGCAGUUCGGGUUCUUUUUGAAAUGAAGAAGGCUGGAGUUCACCCCAAUGCUAUUACAUAUGGCUAUUAUAACAAGGCUGUUUUAGAAAGCACCUGGCCUUCCAGCACUAGGGGCGGCUACUUUCUCUGGAUGAAACUGAGAAAUGUCCUUCUAGGAGUUGUGCAGUUCAGAAGAGCCUUGAAGAAACCCCCGUCACACCCCCCCCAGACCCCUGUCUCAGAUGGCAGUGACUUGGAUGCUGUUAGUCACGGCAGCUUGGAUAGCUCUAACGACAUUAACACAGCGGAACAGGCUUCGUUCAGCACUGAUUUAAUCAAAGUAGAUUCUACUGAUGAUAGAUCUAGCACAGCUAGCUGUGGGUAUGGCAGUCUAGUAGAGCACAUGUACCACAUGGAGAAAAUUCCAUACCCCACACAGUGGAUUAGUUCUGAAAUCAGACACCCUAGUGUCCUUCAAGGUGGUCAGUCUGACCUCGGGUACAACUCUCUGUCGAAGGAGGAGGUGAGGCGUGGGGACGCUGCCACUCAAGAUGGUCCAGUGGAGAAGGAGGACAAGAAGGAGAGCGACUCCAGCUCGCUUUCAGAAAGCGAGAGUGUAAAGGGGAGUGGGGACUCUGUGCCUCAGUUUGAUUGUCAAGAAGCAGCCUGUGGAUUUAACCCUACCGGGGGAAUCGUCCGUGUCAGCUGCCCCUUUGAGGCAGUCAGCGAGUCCGGCGACACAAGCAAUGAUCAUGUUGCAGGACUUAUGUUCACCACCUGUUUAGAGGAGAUUGGCUAUGUUCAAAACAACAGCCUUCGGAAGAGACACAAGAGUGCCGUGGAAGGGAGUGUGAAGGAGCCGAUGAGCUGGGGAGACCGGAACCGCAACCUCAGCGGAGACACAAUCCUGGGGCUGCAGAUGAACAAAGGGGGGGGUGUGGAGACUGACACCAGGAAGAUGGCUGAGAAACUGGGAGCCGACAUCAAGAUCCUUGCAAACACUUUCCAGAAGACCAUGAGACCGAACACUCUGGACAUUGGAAACGGCACCCACAGGUCAAAAACUAUAAAGCGAGACAGCCCGGAGAAGGACUCCAGUGACGAAGACGCGGCUUUCGAAGCUGAUAAAAUAGACUCACCCGGCAUCUUCAACCUAGAGGACCUUGACGACGAGCUGGCCAGCGCUGGGAAGUCUGUGAAAGCAGCGGCUCGGAAGCCACGCAGGGUGGAGAGGUCCAGCAGCAGCAGCAGCUUUACAGCCAGGCCGGUCGAGACAGGCUUCGACCCUCUCUCCCUGUUCGCAGCCCAGACAGAGCAGCAGAUUGAGGAGGAGGAGGAAGUGAGGAGCCUCUCCACCCCCUCCGCACGGAGAGAGCUGGCAGAGGAGAUUGAAAUGUACAUGAACAACAUGAGCAGCCCCCUGGUCAGCCGCGCCCCCAGCGUGGACCUGCAGGGUUCGACGAACGAUGACCCCACCUGUAUCCAGGGCCCCUCUGUGGAGGAAAAGAAUUCCAGGAGAUCCAGCCUUCCCCCAAGUUCCCCCAGAGCUAUGGGGCUUCCACGCUCCAGGACCUAUCACGCCAGGACAGACAGCAAGCUAAGAGACAGGCUGUGGUCGUCUCCCUCCUUCUCAUCAAACAGCCCGCAGAGGGAGCUGCCUCCAGACCCCGAGGGAGCUGUGGCGCUGAUGUCCCCGUCGUCUUUUAAUCUGGACACCUUACUAACACCCACCUUUGAUGUGCUCAAGAGCAGCAUGUUUUCAGCUGGGAAAGGAGUAGCAGAAAAAGCCAGCAAAUGGUAUUCCAAAUUUGCUACCUACUCCACAUCUUCUAAGGAUCUGAAUUACGACAGAUCUAGCAUAUCGUCUGGUGGGUUGAUAGAUCCUGAGUCCUCUUCAUUGAUGGAUGACGAUGUCUACAGUGAAUAUGAAGGGGCAGCGUCCCCUCAAGGAAACAACAUUGCGUAUGUGACCAAGGGGAUGGGACAGAGCCAGACAUCUCACGACAGCGCUUCAAAGCAGCCACAUCACACGGGUAGUGUACUGACCACAGGAUCCAGCUUCCCAUUGCCUGACAAGUCGGAACUGGAUUCGUCUCGUUACACCAGCAACACCAGUAUAUUUCAAAAUUACGCCAUGGAGGUCCUCAUUUCAAGCUGCUCGCGCUGUAAGACCUGCGACUGUCUGGUCUAUGACGAGGAGAUCAUGGCGGGAUGGACUGCAGACGACUCAAACCUCAACACCACCUGUCCCUUCUGCGGGAGUCCCUUCCUGCCCUUCCUCAACAUUGAGAUCCGUGACCUCCGAGGUCCCGGCAGGUACUUUUUGAAGUACGGCCCAUCUGUGGAGGAAGGCGCGUCCACAGCCUGCUGUACGGCUCCUAACAUGGAGAUCAGGAAUUCUGUCAUCUCCCCUGCUGACUCAGACAUGGCCAUGUCUCCUAAAAUCACAGUACAGGAAUGCCCAGAUCCCGACAGUAGACGCGCUUGCUGUGGGUGCGCCCCUGCUAAGCCCAUAGAGAUUCCCUCGGAGAGGAAGUGGGGUGUCAGUGAUUCAGGCUGUGCGGGGCACCCCAUGGCUCGGAGCGCCACCACCUUCUGUCCACUGGAGGAGGACGAUGCCCACCGAAGAAACACCCACAGUGUACCCACAGGGAGCCUGCCCUCCAGGUUCAGUGAUGUUGCAGACCUUCUGAGCUUUGAAUGGAGGCUACACAACCCAGACCCGGUCACGGUUCCCUAUCUCAGUCCUCUCGUACUGUGGAAGGAACUGGAAAGCUUACUGGAAAACGAAGGGGAUCAUGUGAUAACGGUGGCAGACUUCGUGGACCAUCAUCCCAUUGUGUUCUGGAAUCUGGUGUGGUAUUUCAGACGACUUGAUCUGCCCAGCAAUUUGCCAGGCUUAAUACUGUCCUCUGAUCAUUGCAACAGAGGGUCAAAGGUUCCUCGAAACUGGUUGUCAGAAGAUAGCAAACAUGUUUUAAUCCAGAUUCUGUGGGACAAUCUUAAACUACACCAGGAUCCAGGACAGCCAUUCUAUAUCCUGUGGAACACACACAGUGUGAAAUACCCCAUGGUAGACGCUGUUCAAAAGGGAGAGGAGCCCUUCAGUGAAGAGUUCUUGCAGAGCGUGGUGAAGAGCAUUCAGAUGAACGACGUCUAUCGGCCCAUGAGUCAAAUCUUAGAGAUUCUGGGCAAACAACUGGGCAUGAAAAGACAGAGAAGCUUAUACAGAGAAAUCCUGUUCCUUUCUCUGGUUGCCCUUGGAAAAGACAACAUUGAUAUUGAUGCAUUUGAUCGAGAGUACAAGAUGGCCUAUGAUCGUCUGACUCCCAGCCAGGUGAAGUUUACACAUAACUGUGAUCGUCCUCCCAGUACUGGAGUCAUGGAGUGCCGUAAGACCUUCGGAGAACCGUAUCUGUAAAAACCACCCCCACCACACGAGGCCGCGCUGUACAGACAGAAACGCAGCCCAGCGUCAUCAGGCAGAUGUUUAAAGCUGACUUCCUGUGUGCAAGUCAAGAAAAAACAACAAUGCAAGAACAGCUAGACGCAACUCUUAAAAUACUGUCAAAAUAAUAUACAGCGUUAGGUCAAAAGUGAAGCUUACCAUUUCACGUUUCUGACACUGGCAGUACAGUGUGAAACGCACAGCAUUCAGAUGCUGUUUCAGCCUGUUACAUGUGCUGUUUGCUUUUCUUAAAUGUACAGUAUUGGAACUGAAUGUCCUUUAAACAACAUCACAAAAAGUGUGUUGAAAACAAUGCAACUGUAUAUACUACAUUAGAGCCUUUUUAUAAAUGAGCAUUUGUACUAUAUAGCGAUAUCAUAAUUGCAAUAUUGUACCUAAUUACUCAACUAUUUAUAUAACCGACAUUAUUUAUUUCAAAACGUUUUGCUUGUAGUUUAUGUUAUCGCUGAUCAGCUCCUAUACAUUUAUAAUAUAGGGGGUGUGGAUUUAGUAGCAGGUCCUUGGGUACGCAGGUAUAUACGCACUUACGUCAUACUUCCAUUUUUAUUAAAGCUUAUCGAAUUGUGUUGAAACUUGGUACGGUCAUUCCUUGGUAGGUGUUAUGCACAUAGGUCAUAGUGAGUAAAUCUUGGAAGCCGCUUGUUCAGAUUUUAUUACGUUUGUGUUAAUGUUUGCUACAGGAAGCUGUUUAACAAAAUGCAAGUACAGGUUAUGAUGACUUCCUUUCUGACGACUGAUUGGCAGAAGGCUGUCUUUGAUAGAUUUUGAAGAAACUUGAAUUGGCCACGAUGAGAUGUUUUUGUCCAUGAUGUACAGCUACUGACAAAAGUUUUGCAUCACCUAGAAUUUUAGGAUUGAGACGUAAUUAAAAAAACAAAAAAAAACAAAAAAAAAACGUGUGAACAUCAUUUUGAUAUUUUAUUUAACAUCAUUUAAUCAAGGAAACUACAAAAUGAUAACAGUAGUACAGACAUUUCGAAAUCUCACUUUUUUCAAUUUGUGUCAGUUUUUCAUUAAGUAUAUGGGGAAAACUGCAAAGCGGUGUGUAAUUCAAUAUGUUAAAGUAACAUUAUUCAGCAGGUUUCAUUCGACUUUGUGAAGCAAAAUGAUUCAUUCUAGAGGCUGAUGCAAAUCCUUUAGCCAUGGCUGGAUGUAUGCAUGUUACAGACAGCAAGUACCAGUGCUAACCACCUUGAAGGCUGGUAGUUGCUGCAGUUUGUUAAAUGCAAAUCUACUACAAGCAGCUCCUGUUCCAGCACAGAAUAGUCACUUUUUCAUUCUGCUUGGACCCGCUCGCUGAUCAGUGGCAGCACAAAUGUACGUUUCUAAUUUGUUUUAUUAAAAUUGUACAGACUUUUUAGCAGGGAUUUACCUAGUGAGUUAUAAAAAUAUUCGAGGUAAACUCAAUGCUUUUAAACGUUAAAGUCCUGGUACUAUAUUUGAGGCAUUCGUGUACACUGUAGUCUAACAGUAUGCUUGAAACGGGUACACAUGUAUGCAGUGCAAUACUUAAUGUGUUCCAGUAUGUCGCGUGGUUACUGCUGGAGCUCCCAGGGUUUAGAAAUGGUACAGUUAAUCCAGUGAUGCUUUUGUCACUGCCAGUAAUCAAACACAGGAACAUCAAAAGUGCAUGAUACUACAGCAGUGCCCUUGCUCUUGUAGCUCAUUAGAUUGGGCAAACUGAGGAGAGUCGACAUUCUUGUAAAUCCUUUCUCAGACUUCAGAGUUCAGUUCCCCUGCUCUAGAGAUGCCCGCUGCUUACUAAUCCAUCGCACAUUUUAAUAGACCUCUCAAUUACAUUGGUUGUUCCGAAACAUUGUAUAAGCAUUGGUUUGUCAUGAUACACAAUGAUUUGUUUUAGUAGCAUCUCCGAAUGCCAAAACGGCCAGAUGACUUUAAUAUUAUCCUCGGUUUUCAGUUCAUACUUUAGAAAACCAAAAACGGUAUGUCAAGGUUUUUGUUGCUUAAAAAGGUAAAAGGUACAAGUAUUGAAUAUGUGGGCUAAUGGUGGUAUGGGUCAUAAUAAUACAGCAAUACUUUGAAUCCUUAAGUUGAUUUUUACAGGGUUCUUAUGUAUGCUUUGUAAAUGCUGUUAGGUCAAUCAGUAUUUGUUUUAUAUCGCGCCUUUCAUAGUGGACCACUAUCACAAAGCGCUGGAAGUGAGGAACAAUGCACAG